ACAACAGACGAGGGUGGUGGUGGUUGGGAGCGGAGGGGGAGCAUGCGGAGCUUAGACAGGUGUUGCUGGGGUUUGCGCAUCGCUCGUGAGAUCGUUUGGCAGGAUGGGAGCUGCGAGAACACCCACGCAACCCCACCAUAGUUUCCCAUGUAUUCUGCAGUUUUGCUUUUCGUAAUACGGAAUUCAAUUAACGCUGGAAACCAACAGAACGUCGCAAUGGUGCACCACUCGGGCUCCAUCCAGUCCUUCAAGCAGCAGAAAGGCAUGCACACCAGCAUCAGCGAGAUCCUGAAGGAGAAGAGCCUGAAGCCGUCUCGCCGCAGCCUGCCCUGCCUGGCCCAGAGUCAGACUCAUCCACUCAACCUCAACCACUUCCUGUCUGUUCCUCUGAGCCCGGAGCUGAAACCAGAAGUUGAGGGUCUGAGUCAGAGUAUCAGCACCUCCUCCAGGCUCCUGCGCCCGCAGACAGCAGAGGAUGGCAAGGAUCAGUACGUGGAGGAGUCAGAGGUGACGUGUGAAACAAAACCAGAGGAGUCAUUUCCUUUACAAAAGCCUGUCACCCGUGCUAAACUAGAGGCCCGCACAGAUUCACUUCAGGGAAAGAAACCAGCUAUUUCCUCUGGGCUGUUUUUCCGAGAUGGGAAAAAGCGUAUUGACUACAUCCUGGUUUACAAGAAGUCCAGUCCACAGGUGGAAAAGAGGUGCACCUUUGAGAAGAAUUUACGGGCUGAGGGUCUAAUGCUAGAGAAGGAGCCCUCCUUGACGAACAACGACAUCAUGUUUGUGAAGGUCCACGCUCCUUGGGAUACACUUUGCAAAUAUGCAGAGCAGAUGAACAUCCGAAUGCCUUUCAGGAAAAAAUGUUACUUUACGGACUGGAAGAGCAAAACCCUGGGCAGCAGGUUUCAUCUGAGAUAUCGUCAGAUAAAAAGUUGGCUUCCCAGAAAUCCCAUGAAGCUGGACAAAGAGGCCUUGCCUGACCUGGAGGAAAGUGACUGCUACACAGCCCCCUUCAGCAGAGCACGCAUGCAUCACUUCACUAUCAACAAUAGAGAGACCUUCUUCUCCAAUUCCACCAGAAGCAGAAUUCUCCAUCAUGUGCUACAGCGCACCAAGUAUGAGGAGGGAAAAUUAAAGAUGGGUAUCAAUCGGUUAUUGGGCAACAACACAUAUGAGGCUGCAUUUCCUCCUCAUGAGGGUGGUUACAAGAGCAGACACCCAAUUAAGACGCACGGUGUCCAGAACCACAGGCAUCUUCUGUAUGAGCGUUGGGCCCGCUGGGGAAUCUGGUACAAAUACCAGCCUCUGGACCUCAUCAGGCGGUACUUUGGUGAGAAAAUCGGUCUUUACUUUGCGUGGUUGGGCUGGUACACCGGCAUGUUGAUCCCAGCCGCCCUGGUUGGGGUUUUUGUCUUCCUCUAUGGUCUCUUCACUAUGGACUCCAGCCAAGUCAGUAAAGAGAUUUGUGAAGCCAACACCACCAUCAUGUGUCCUAUGUGUGAGGACACCUGUGAGCCAUGGACACUGAGUGACAGUUGUGUCUACGCAAAGGUGACCCAUCUGUUUGAUAAUGGCGGCACUGUGUUCUUUGCCAUCUUUAUGGCUAUUUGGGCCACAGUAUUCCUGGAGUUCUGGAAAAGGAGGAGGGCAGAACUGACUUAUGACUGGGAUCUCAUUGAUUGGGAGGAAGAAGAGGAGGAGCUGAGGCCUCAGUUUGAAGCCAAGUACUCCGGGGUGGAGAGAGUCAACCCCAUCUCUGGCAAGCCCGAGCCUUUCCAGCCCUUCACAGACAAACUCAGCCGGCUCAUGGUGUCUGUGUCCGGAAUAUUCUUCAUGAUUUCCCUCGUUCUGACAGCCGUGUUUGCCGUGGUGGUAUUCCGUCUCAUUGCGAUGGAGAAAUUCGCUUCCUUCAACUGGUAUUUUGUGAAGAAGAACUGGCAGUUUGCCACCUCUGGCACCGGUGUCUGCAUCAACUUUAUGAUCAUCAUGUCUCUUAACGUGGUGUAUGAAAAGGUGGCCUAUUUGCUGACAAAUUUAGAGCACCCACGGACAGAGUCUGAGUGGGAGAACAGCUUUUCUCUGAAGAUGUUCCUGUUCCAGUUUGUAAAUUUGAACAGCUCCACAUUUUACAUCGCUUUCUUUCUUGGAAGGUUUGCUGGCAGGCCUGGAAAAUACAAUAAACUCUUUAAUCGAUGGAGACUGGAGGAGUGUCACCCGAGUGGCUGUUUGAUUGAUCUAUGCCUGCAAAUGGGAGUCAUCAUGUUCUUCAAACAAAUCUGGAACAACUUCAUGGAGCUUGGUUAUCCCUUGCUGCAGAACUGGUGGUCUCGUAGAAAGAUGAAGAAAGUAGGUGGUGGAGGGCAGAAUGUAGAGAAUAAAGCCCAGCUUCCGCAGUGGGACAAAGACUGGAAUCUGCAGCCGAUGAACGCCCAUGGACUGGUUGAUGAAUACCUUGAAAUGGUUCUCCAGUUUGGCUUCACCACCAUCUUUGUAGCAGCAUUCCCGCUGGCUCCUCUCCUGGCUCUGCUCAACAACAUCAUUGAAAUUCGUCUUGACGCCUACAAGUUUGUCACUCAGUGGAGGAGACCCAUGCCUGCUCGAGCCACUGAUAUAGGUAUCUGGCAUGGAAUCCUUGAAGGUAUCGGUGUGCUGGCAGUCAUCACCAAUGCCUUUGUCAUCGCCAUUACCUCAGACUACAUUCCCCGUUUUGUUUACGCCUUCAAAUAUGGCCCGUGUGUUGACAAGGGACACCACCACGAGGAUGAGUGUUUGCGAGGGUACAUGAACAGUAGCCUGUCUGUGUUUGAGAUGAGGGAGAUGAAGAACAGCAGCCAGUUCAGAUACUGCAGGUACAGAGACUACAGAGCACCGCCGUGGAGCUCAGUGCCGUAUGAAUUCACCCUUCAGUUCUGGCAUGUCUUGGCUGCCAGGUUGGCAUUCAUCAUCGUCUUUGAGCACCUGGUGUAUGGGAUCAAGUCCUUCAUAGCAUACCUCAUUCCGGACAUUCCGAAGGAUCUCUGCGAUCGUAUGAGGAGGGAGAAGUACCUGAUGCAAGAGAUGAUGUACGAAGCAGAACUGGAGCACCUGCAGAAGGAGAGGAAGAAGAACGGAGGGCGUUAUCACCACGAGUGGCCUUAGUUUUACCCCCAUAUCUCUAUUACACACUGCACAGCCCUCAACUCACUGGCAAAACCUCCCCCUACCUGCUUAUUUAUGUGUUUUAACUUUGAGAGUCAGGCUUCACUCGGCUGAUUCUGUACACCAAAGACACCCUCUUCAGUAACCAAACCUAUCUGGCUUCAGGCUCUAAACCUGACCACUCCCUUGCCAUCUGUUCCAUGUCCAGUGUAUUCGCUGCUCUUAGUUUCCGGCUCUGACCUUCUCCUGCCUGCCGCGGCCCAUCCCUCACCUGGCUUUCUCCAUCAGGUUCCUCUUGGGCCUGUGCUGUGUCAUGGCUUUGCUGGGAAAACCUGUGCAAUUGUAAUGUUUACUAUGCAGAUCAAGGGCUGCAGAUCACCGCUGCUCCCUUUUGGCACCCAUCCUGCACUCUCUCUGUGUGGCAGCUAGCACUCCGCUUUGACUCUUCUUGGUGCCGCAAAGCAUCAUGGCCGUGUUUUUCUUUACAUGUGGCAGAGGUAUCCUUGGCACUUGGCGUUUCUUGUUGCAAACGAGAUUCUGGGGAUGUGGUUACAAAAUACAUUGGACACUGUUUUUGCAAAGCAACUGUAUAUUACCCUUGAAGCAUGCUGAUUAAUAUUUCCAGCAAGAAAAAAAUAACAGCAUUCAUCGUGGAGAAUGUGAACAUCCAUUCAGAAAAUUUGUCAAAGAAUUCUCUAUGAAAAUAUUUAAAGUGCAUGGUAAUAUUGUUUUGUACCUUUUGACAGAGGAAGUCCCUGUCUUGAUGCCUGGUUCACGUGUGUCUGUACUUGAUGUGAGCUGUGUGUUUAUCUGUUUGUGGUACUACUGAGCUUGACUGUCUUGAGUUGAGGAAAUGUGAACUUAGUGUGAUUUGACUGUGCCUACAGUUGUGCGCACCACAAUUGUGUCACCAACAUCACGUGUGCCUGUUUGUGCUGCAAGUGCAAGAAAUAUUCUCUCUCAUGGUUCUAAUGUGUGAUCAUUUGUAAACUCUCUGAACUCUCCUGUAAGGAUUUGUUUUGGAUGUAAGUCACACCACAGUACCACAGUACCUGCUUGGGUCUCAGCCAAUGGUUCUGGGACACAAUAUACGUUGUAACAUGACUCCCAUCAUGAACAAUGUAUACACUUGCAUGCAGAAGCCACAAAUCUGCUCUUCCGUUCUGCGCUCACAGCCUGUUUUUCAUUUGUUGUUGGAAGCCCUGAAGCGUGGUUGAAACUUGGAUCACUUAGACAUACCUGUGGCUUGGAUGUUCAGCUUGCAAAGAACAUCCAACCACUGUUUCUCGCUCACAUAGUACACCAACAUACUACAGUUCCAUUCCUUUGCUGAGUAUACGGUCACAUACCGUUUUGGCUGCUUCCUGGCCUUUAGUGAUGUGAAACAGAGAAUUUAGUUUUUUUGUUUUUGUUUUUAGUUGUUUUUUUAAACGUCAUUGGCAUGACCUUUUUAUUGUGGUCAGUUCUCCAAUGUCAUGGAGCAGCAUGUGUCUGGAAACUCAGGAAAACAGGCAGCAUGAGCGACGCAUCUAUCUGUGAGGCUGAGUCAGAAUCAUAACUACACUCACCUAUAGGAUUAUUAGGAACACCAUACUAAUACUGUUUGACCCCCUUUCGCCUUUGGAACUGCAUUAAUUCCAUGUGGCAUUGAUUCAACAAGGUGCUG